UGGUUCCUCUACAGUUCAGUUUUAGAUUGAGACUGAGACAAAAAAUUAGUUAGUUGUGUUGUCGUGUUGUAUUAUGUUGUCAUAAAUACUAUUGAUAAAGCUUCCUGAUAGUUUUUUGUUAGUAGCCAAAAAGAUUUAAACAAUGAGUGGCAAUGAAUCUGAUGAAAACGACGAUAAGCCAUACGUUGUCAUCCUUUUUCUUCCGAGGAAAACCCCCGAAACUGAGGAGAUUGAAAUCGUUCCAUCGAGUUGGUUGACAACGAAUAACAAACAUUGCCGUUACCCUUCCUCAAGUGAUUACCAAAACGUUGGAAAUUGGGCGAAAGAAUUAAAAAAUUUUUCCGAUACUUGGCAACUGUAUGAUAUUGAAAUUUUAAGUUAUGCAAAAAAUUGGAAGCAAGCAAAACGGCGCUUAAAACGAGCUUGUACUAGUAAAGAUAUAAAAAGUACAGAUGAUGAAACUCAAAAAUCAGAUAAUCGUGCAAUGUUAUCGAAUAAAAAAAUUAACGAAGCGUUGAAUGCAGUUCCCAAGGUGACUUCAUCUCGCCCAAUAUCGAGUCUAUCUAAUCAUACUAUUGUUGAAGAAGAGGAGCCUGCUAGUACAACAGUUUCUGCAGAUAAAUCAUCUUUAGAAUCAGAUAUUCAGCCAGCUGCGAUAUCAGGUUCAAAUUUACGUCAGUUGAUGGAUGCUUUAGACAGGAAAGAAAAAGCAGCUAUUGCUGAGAUAGAUCCUCUUUUGCAGCCACUGCAAAAAUAUAUUGAAUUACUUAUCCGAAAACAAACUCUAAGUUUACGCAAUUAUAUAGACUCUUCAAAAAGAAGCCUGAUGUAUGACUUGAGCAAGAACAAAAAUCGUUUACAAAAUCAAAUAAUAAUUGCUAAUUCACACAACAAGUCACCACUUCCAAUUUCAUCUCUAGUUGAGAUUAAGAAAAAAUUUGAUGAAAGUUUUCCGAUCAGUGACCUGGAAACAUUUAAGAAAUUUGAUGAUAGUCUAAUAUCAGAAGACCAUAAAGAAAAGAACGAGAAUUUUUUAAAUUUAAUCCGAGUGUGUACCUUUGGGCAAAUUAAAGUAGUUGAUUGUGUACACAAAAUUUUUCCUGCAAUUUUAAAAAAAGAAGUUGAAUUGAAUUAUUCAGGAACUGGUAAAAAAACACGUGGCGUUGGAAAGCUUAACUUUAGCAGUACUAAUACGUUUAAAUGUAUGGAAACUGUAAUCCGUGAGAAAUUUCCCGACCAACCAGAAGCAGUUAAACUAAGAACCUUAGUUGGAACUUGGUUGGCCGGAGCGCCUGAUCGAGAUCGUGGGCGAGCUUCAAGAAUGCAUCAAGCUCAAUAAUAAUUCCAAGCCACUUAAAGUUGCAAAUUUUCUAAUUAACCAAAAAGUAUUUAUUUUGAUCUCAGUUUGUUAGAUUUUUAUUCUGUGAUUUUAUUAAAAAUAAGAUUAAGUGAUAUAAUAAUGAUUACAUAUAAGAAUGUUAAAUUACAUUUAUGUUGAUUCAUUAUAAUAAAUAUUAAAUAACA